AUGAACCAACGCAAGUGGACGGUGAAUCUGUUUCGGGUGACCGAAAUUAUGGCCAAACUGUACGGCCUGUUCCCUUUGAGGUUUGACUCCCGUGUCAAUCGAUUUCAAAGUAGCCCGAUUGCCGUUUGCUGGUCAGCUACAUUACUGGUGGGAUACGGUACCGGAAUGUUGUACGUCUACAUCUACCUGAGCGUCAAUGUUACCCAUGCUGGAUCGUCGCUCAAUAGCGUGUUCAUGAGAUUAGAGUUUAUGCUGAAUUACAUUUUCUGCAUUGUGUCGAUAACGAUGGCGAUAUUGAAUCGGAACCGUAUGAAGGACCUCCUUAACAUACUUUUGUUUCUAGCAGAAGUCAUCAACAAACGCAAUAAGAGUGAAACGGAUUCCAAACUGUUACAAAGUUAUUUCAGGAAAAUACUAUUCAUAGAUGUCAUUCUGAAGCUGAUCAUCUGCUGUAGUUACUACAUCGACGAAACAAUGGUCACGGGAACGUAUACUGCCCUGUUGAACUUUAUCUUCAUGUGGACGAUCGCCUUGUUUACGGAUGAAUUCGUUGGGUUGUGUUUGUUUGUGGCCCACCUCUAUCGGAUGAUCAACCUGCAGAUAGGUAGUGCGGUUCAACAGCUGUGUGACUUCGACGAAGACCAAAGCUACUGGGACACUCAUCCAACGAAGAAACAUCGAGUUUGCAUGAAGGUGGCAUCGGAACUGGACAGAUUAGCUCAUCUUCACCGAGACGUUACAACGGUAUCCAAAGAAAUCGUUAAACUGGUGGAUGGUUCGCUUUUGUUCGUUAUCAUGUGGUAUUUUCUUAUUAUAAUCUUCGGGAUUUUCUACGCCUACACAACUCUAGUGACAGAUCUGCGUAAUAACAUUUCACCAACCGUCACUAAGUAUGGCAGCACCAUUGGAUGUUCUGUUUUCGAGGCGUUUCAGUUUUACUAUCUGGUAUCGGGAGCAAGUUUGUUGACAAAGCGAGCAGAGAAGACUGGACUUGUUUUGAACAAAUUUUUCAAGACCGAUGUUGAGGAGCGCGUUGAACGGACGAUUAAUAUGUUCUCAAUGGAGCUUCUGCAUGAUACCUACAGCGUAGAGAACUUCGGAAUGUAUAAGGUGGACUUCACGUUGAUAUAUUCGAUGGUCGCUACUAUAACCAACUACUUGAUUAUGAUGGUUCAAUUCCAACUGGCGGAAUAA